AUGACGGAGUCAGAUUCAGUAGAGUUGUAUGAUGACGAGCUAGACGUCCUUUGGGACGAACAUCCUGACGACUCGGAGGGGCUUUCAAGUUCCACAGUUUCAACCUUCCCUCUCGAAAUAUGGGAAUACAUCAUGGAGUACCUUUGGGAUGAUACCCCUAGUCUCAAAGCUUGCAGUCGCACCUGUCGUGCUUGGCUGCAGAGGGCUCAGCUAUACAUCUUCCUUACCAUCACAAUCAGCUGGCAUUGCUGCGAGCUGUGGCAGACUCGCCUGACAGAGUCGCCUCACAUCACACGAUAUGUCCGCAAUCUCAUACUUGUCCAAAAUCCCACAGGCAGAUGGAUAGGUCCCUGCGACCCCGCGGUUUACAUGCUCGGUCUCGGCUUACUAUUGUCUAUUUGGCAGAGGCCGAACCAAGUUCAAUGCCUCUUUUUGUCGGGGUGGCGCUCUGCGCAUGUGUCAGAGGAGCUCAGAGAGCAGAUACCAACUUUGUUCUCGAUGGUCAAGUUGAUUCAUUUCCAGCACUGCUACUUCGAGCCCUCAGACUUCUUCUUGAUCGUCGGAGGUUGCCCGCAGCUGUCGACCAUUGCUAUCGAGGGCACCGCAGUAUACAGAAACAUGCCUCUCUCUCUCGACCUCACCCAAAUGUAUCCCAAAACAGAGACAGCGCUGCGGAUCCUGCGCCUUAAUCACAUGUGCAGUACGAAGUUUCCCCCUCUCAGCUCCCAGUGUCUUCUUAAAGGCCCCUUCGACCUGCGCAUCUCCUGGAUGAAGUUCUGCAUCAUCUCCGAUCUCACCGAGACACAAGCAUUCCUUAGUACUGCCGGCUCUGCUCUGCGACACCUGAUCGUGUCCCUCACAUCAUUCGUUGUCCCCCCGUGUACCACCCUCGAGCAGCUGAACCUUUUAGGCAACACUCGUCUCAGCUCACUACUUGUGCACCUCAGCACAGACUUAUUUUUUUCCGGCCUUCCCAGCUUCCUGUCUCGAGUAGACGACACGCACAGUAUCGAACGCAUUUACAUCCACCUCUGUGUCGGAUAUUCGUCCUUAACCGAUAUCCUCUACUGGGCGCCUGUCGACCAGCAACUUAGCCGCAUCGCCCGUCUAUUCAAGGACCAGUCCCCCGUGGUGGUCACCUUCUAUCUCGAUGCCGGAACGAUCAUGGAACCGAAGUCGCAGACCGUCAUCCAAGGCAUGGCGGACUUACUCCAACAGCGCUUGCAGGAUUUGCAGACGGAGCGGUGUCGGCUUCGAAUAGUUCGUGCGGACAUUUACCACACUUCCACGGUCAUCAAGGACACGCCGUUCAGGCGAGCCACUGCAAUUACGCUGUACGACAGCGAACCCGACGGUGUAGUGAUUCCCGAUGUUUCAAUUUUGGAAGAAGAAUGA